AUGAGUGUAUUUUCUAGAAUUCGUGGAUUUUUCUCUAGGCACAGAAAUAAAUUUAUUGUUGGCGGUAUUAUAAUUACAGGAUCUAUACUUUUAACCAAAUAUGCACAGCAAAGAUUAAGAGAGUGGCAAGAAAAGGAAACGAUAGAAUUCCUUGAAAGAAAUCGUAAACAAAACCAUUUUGAAAGUAUUAGUCGCACUUGUGAUCAGACAAUAUCUAAUUUAUCAGGGGCACUAUAUGAAGUGAUUUUUAAAGCAAUCAAUACUGAUGAAAUAAUUGAAAUGUUGAAAACUAAUCCAGAAAACAAAUUGUCAUUAUGGAACGAUUUAAAAAUAUUAGUGUUUGCAAAAUCAGGUGUUAUAAUUUAUUCCACGGUAAUGUUGGUUGUUACUUUGAGGAUACAAAUGAGUAUUAUUGGAGGCUAUUUAUAUAAAGAUCCAAAUUCAAUUUCUACUGAAAUGCAAGAAAAAUAUUUAUCGGUUUGUCAAACAUUUCUUGAUUUAGGUGUUUCUAAAUUGUCGAAAGUUAUGGAAAUUGAGGUGAAGAAAAUAAUGGAUGGUGUAAAUUUAAAAAAACAGUUAAAACUAAGUGAUUUGGAAGCCAUUUAUUGGUCAUUACAAACAGCUGUUGCUACGAAUAAUGAAAACCCUAUUGAUAAGUUUAAGAGCUACAUAUUACAUGAAAACUUAAAUAAUUCAAACGAAAUGUUCAAUAAUAUCUUGCGUGACACAGCUGACUUUCUUGACAGCGAUGAAGUCAAAUCUCUGACAACUCACUGCAUUAAUCGAGGAUUUAUAUUGUUAGGAGAUCAGAUAGCAGAGUUCUAUACACAAAAUGGUACAAUAACGCUUCCACACACAGAAGUCGACCGUUUCCAAAAUCCGUUUGAAAUAAAGAAACCUUUGGCUAAACUAUUGCCUAUUAUUAACGGAUUACUUUCAAAACAGUCUUUUCCCCAACUUUUAAUUCAACAGUUAAUUGCAAGCGAAAAAUUACAAAUUUUAAGUGCAAACAUAUAUGAGAGUUUAUUGUAGGAAUAUUUGUUCAAUAUGAUUUAGGUGUACAUAUGGUGUUAUAAAAAGUAAAUUAGUGGGAAUAUUUAUAAGUUUUUAUUAAUAAACAAAUGUUUUUAUUUA